AGCUGCUGUUAACUUCAGGCACCCUAAAGCAGAUAUUUUUCUUUUUUGCCAUGCUUUAUUCUACUUUUUUCAUAUUCUGCCUGGACUUGUGACUAAAAAUUGGGAGAAAUUGGUAACUUUUGUACAAAAAUGCAUAUGCAAAAUAAGACCUUGUUUUUAUGAAAAGGCAACUAAAUGCUCAGUGAUCUUUAUUCUAUUUGCUUUGUAGAUAACAUAUCAGAAUAUCUGUCUGCACAUUUUGCCAAGAGCAAGUGCUAUAAUACACUUUGUUUUCAAAGAGAGAGAGAGAAAACAAUUAUGUUGCCAGAGUUUACUUAAUAAGAUUUUUUGAUCCUUUAUAAGAAGAACACUAAAGGAAAAUUGCCAAAGUCUUGAAACACAGCAUAUUCUCAAUUUCUUUCAUCCUUCAAUUUUCUUUCAAUAAUGCUCCAUUUUUGCUGUGGUGUCCUUGUUAUUAUGGUGCUUCUUUUGUUGAAAUGGAGGAGACCACGGAACUUCCCACCUGGACCCAGGGCUUUACCGAUCUUAGGCAAUUUGCUGCAACUGGAUUACAGGAACCCCAUGGCAGAUUUGGAAAAGAUGGCUAAGCAAUAUGGGAAUGUGUACAGUAUCUACUUGGGAAGCAGUCCUGUGGUUAUUCUCCAUGGAUAUAAGACAGUAAAGAAUGCUCUGGUGGAUCAUGCUGCAGAAUUUGCAGACAGGCCAGAUGAUCCAAUAUUCUAUGCAAUUAACAAAAAUAAGGGCAUUGGCUUGAGCCCAUACAACCAGCAAUGGAAGGACCAGAAGAGAUUUAGCCUGACUGUGCUUAAGAAUUUUGGGAUGGGUAAAACAUCAAUGGAAUCCAGAAUCCAGGAAGAGCUAAAACAUUUAAUAAAACAUUAUGGUGACAUGAAAGUCUCAAGAUAUAAUGUUAAUGUUAUACUGGGAUUAAUAAGUGAGAAAGAAUAA